AUGUCGACAUUCCUCUUCGCACGACGAUCACUCUCACUAGAUGUUCUAUUGCAUUUGUUGUUGAUGUUAUUAUCUCAUUGGGUUGCUGUGUUGGUAGAGCCAUUGGCAGUGCCAACUCCUGCUAAUAAGAAAUCGCAGAAUGUUCCGAAACCGACAUUAGUCCAACAUGAUAUUGUGUACACCGACAAAGGUAUCAUGAGUUUGGCAUUGUUGCCACCACUCAAUAAUAAUGAAAAGCAAGAGAGAAAAAUUCUGGCAGGGACCAAACGGGGUACCCUGGUAGAGUUUGCAUGGGACCCUGUGGCCCAGUCUUGUACUUGUCAAGGAGAAAUAAUCCAUACCAACCAUGCAUCCGAGAAAUCCACAUCCAUUCCGUAUCCAAUCUACUCGCUACAAGUGUUUGACAACAAAUACAACAACAAUAAGCUGCAGAUAUUCUGUGGAAGCGGGGAUCGAUACAUCAAGGUCAUGGAAAGCACAAGUACAAGUAUAGAAUCAUCGGAUGAUGGCGAGAAUGAUGAUCCUUGGCACUUCACGCAACAAUUGGGUCCUCAUACGGGAUGGGUCAAAGCAUUGGCCAUGGAUAAUGAUGAGGAAGAGGAACAACCAUGGCUGCACAGCAUUGGAUGCAAUUGCAUUGAAACUUGGAAACAGCAGCAGUCCUCUGAAGAACGAUGGACUCACUGUACCAAACGGUCCAUCGAGUCUAGCCCUAACCAUGGGUCCACUCUGUCUAGUGAUUUACUCUGUCUGGUCACAUGGAAUGGUUUCCUCUGUGCAGGUGGAGUCGAUGGUCGCAUUCACGUGUGGCCGUCCCAUCCAGAGCCUCUGCUAUCAUCGAUUGGAGCACAUCAAGGUCGUGUCAAUGCACUGGCCAUUCUCCCGACAACAGCAUCUGCUUCAUGCAUGCUGCUCUCCACGGGACACGAUGGAGAGCUGCAGUGCCGAAUGCUAAGGACAGGCAAACAACCCAUCCUGUUGACAGACCAACCAGUGGCCACGUUGGCUGUAGUGGACCAUGAUGGCGCUCCACUACGAAUAUCUUCGUUGGCAUGCACACCACUACAAUUAUCAGAAGACAAGAAUACAACAGCACGCAUCUUGCUGGGAACCACCAAUGGGUUAGUGGUGAAUGCCAUCCUACGAAACACAGACAAUCAACAGUGGACCGUCACGGAACAAUCCCGAGUCCAGCUGCAGGAUGAUGGCCAGAAUGAUUUGGAUCCAAUUGCAACAAUAUCGGUCAACGCAAUCGAGAUUCUGUCUCCUCCACACCAGCAGCAGCAGGAAGAGCCAGUUUGUGCGGCCCUUGUGGGCCAUUCCAAAGGACUCUCUGUGAUUCACCUCCAUCAUCAGCGAUGA